AUGCCGCGCAAGGUGCCAGCACCUCGGGGGAAGAGGGACCUCUCUGCACCACCGAGCAUCUACCCAGACCGCAUCCUCUACAGUGUCCGUGCCGAAGGCAGGGACUACUUCCUGUGGCUGGAGAAGAACAAGGAGCUGCUGGGGCAGCACUACACCGAGACGCACUACUCGGCCGACGGCACAGAGAUCACGGAGAAGCCAGACAUUCAGGAUCACUGCUUUUAUCAGGGCCAUGUGCGAGGAUACGCUGACUCAGCAGUGAGCAUCAGCACCUGUGGCGGGCUCAGUGGGUUUUUCCGAGUGAAUGAGACCACCUUCCUGCUGGAGCCCCUGGAGGAGGAUGCAGCCGGCCAGCAUGCAGUGUACAGAGCAGCUCACCUGCGGGGGAAGCGCGGCACAUGCGGAGAGUCUGGUGCCACCCUGGAAUAUGACCACGAACCGAAAAUUCCUGCAGCCAUGAAGCUCUACCGCUGGAAAUCAGCUCCGUUACACAAAGGUCCCCGAUAUGUGGAGCUGGUCCUGGUUGUGGACAACGAGGAGUUCAGGAAACACAAGGACUUGCGCACAGUGCAGAACCGCAUGAAGGAAAUUGUGAACCACGUUGACAAGCUUUAUCAGCCUCUUCGCCUGCGGGUGGCCUUGAUUGGCUUGGAAGUAUGGAGCCACAAGGACAAAAUCAUGGUCAGUCCCAACCCGGAGGUGAUGCUGGACAACUUCCUCCACUGGCGGGAGGCAGAGCUGCUGCGGAGGAAGCCGCACGACAAUGCCCAGCUGAUCACGGGCAUAGACUUCCACGGCACGACCGUAGGGCUCGCCAAGAAGCUUGUGAUGUGCACCAGGGACUCGGGCGGUGUCAACCAGGACCACAGCACGAAUCCUAUUGGUGCUGCGUCCACCAUGGCUCACGAGAUGGGGCACAACCUGGGGAUGUCUCAUGAUGAAGACAUUGCUGGCUGCCGCUGUCCUGUCCCCAAAGCUGAUGGAGGAUGUGUCAUGGCAGCAAGUGUUGGGCCGGUGUGCGGGAACCAGUUUGUAGAGCGGGGAGAGCAGUGCGACUGUGGCACGCUGGAGGAGUGCUUCGACCGCUGCUGUAAUGCCACCACUUGCCAGCUGAGAGAGGGAGCCGAGUGCUCCCAGGGGGACUGCUGCCAGGACUGCAAGUUAAAGGUUGCUGGUGUGCUCUGCCGGCCCAGCAAGAACGACUGUGACCUGCCCGAGCACUGCACUGGCCUCAGUGCCGAGUGCCCAGAGGACGUCUUCCAGGAGAAUGGCAUCUCCUGCCAGAAUGGCAACGGCUACUGCUACAACGGGGCCUGCCCCUCACAUGGCGAGCAGUGCCGCACGCUCUGGGGCACAGAGGCCCAGGUGGCUCCUGAUGUCUGCUUUAAGCACAACAGUGAGCAACACCUUCACCUCCACUGCCUCACUGAGUAUGGGAAGCAGCCCUGCAGCCCCAAGGAUGUGAAGUGUGGCACGCUGCUGUGCCUGAGCGACAACACCAGCCCUGUCCUCGGCGGUGGCUCCUACUCCCUCUUCUUUGGCCGCUUCAAGUGCAAGGCGGUCAUUGCCAGCAGCGACGCCAAUGAGGUGGUGGCCAAGCUCAGGCUGGUGCCCACUGGUGCCAAGUGCGGAGAGGAAAUGGUCUGCUACGCUGGGCGCUGCCAGAACCUCCUGGUCUACGGCAACAAGAACUGCUCGGCCAAGUGCAACAACCAUGGGGUGUGCAACCACAAGCGCGAGUGUCACUGCGAGCCAGGCUGGGCAGCGCCCUACUGCGAGCAGAAGAUUUCAGGGGUGGCGGCAGGGAGCAGCAGUGUGGUCUUGGCGACUAUGCUGGCCGUGCUGGCACUCUCUGGCAUCCUGCUCGGCAGUGGUGUUGUGCUCCUCAGAGGCAGGGGGAUGAGGCACUUCCAGAAAGGGAGGACCUCCAGUGGGCCUGCUGCUGGCCUCGCCAACCCACUCUUCCAGGAGGGUGGCCGGACACGACUCCCCCGCCGCCAGCUGUCCCGUCACGACAUCGGCGACCCAAACCUGCUCAGCAGCACGGCGGCCCCGCGGGAUACCUGGGCCCUCGGGCCCUGCCACCCAGCCCCGCAGGCGAGGGACUCGGGGCUCUCCUCUCCUCCUGCCAGGCAAAGCCGAAGCCACCCAGCAAGCCUCUCCCGGCACUGA